AUGGACCUGGUGGCUAGUUGCAAGGACAAAUUGGCGUACUUCCGAAUAAAGGAGCUCAAAGAUGUCCUCACACAGCUAGGUCUUUCAAAGCAGGGAAAGAAACAGGAUCUUGUUGAUCGGAUAUUGGCUGUUCUCUCUGACGAGCGAGUUUUGGGGACGUGGGCUAAGAAGAAUGCUAUUGGAAAGGAGGAAGUGGCAAAGCUAGUUGAUGACACCUACAGAAAAAUGCAGUUUUCUGGGGCAGCGGACUUGGCUUCAAAAUCACAAGCCAUUUCUGAUAGUACAAGUGCAAAACAUAAAGAGGAAGCUGAAGAUUCUUGUCCGGUGGAAAAGAUCCGAUGUGUCUGUGGAAGCACUCUGGCAACUGAUUCAAUGAUCAAGUGUGAAGAUCCUCGGUGUAAUAUUUGGCAGCAUAUGGCAUGUGUGCUGAUUCAUGAAAAAACCAUGGAGGGUGUCUUACCAAACCCACCAGAAAUUUUUUUCUGUGAAAUUUGCAGACUGAGUCGUGCUGACCCAUUUUGGUUGACAGUUGCACAUCCCCUUUAUCCCAUGAAGUUGAAUAUCACAAGUGUUCCUGCAGAUGGCUCAAGUCCUAGUCAGAACAUUGAGAAAACAUUUCAACUCACGCGUGCGGAUAGGGACUUAUUGUCUAAACAAGAAUAUGAUGUUCAGGCGUGGUGCAUGCUUCUUAAUGACAAGGUGACAUUCAGGAUGCAGUGGCCACAAUAUGCCGAUCUACAGAUCAAUGGUGUACCAGUGAGGGCAAUAAACAGACCUGGUUCUCAGUUGUUGGGAGCUAAUGGUCGGGAUGAUGGCCCCGUUAUUACGCCUUUCACCAGAGAUGGAAUUAAUAAGAUCUUCUUAGGAGGAUGUGAUACGCGCAUCUUUUGUGUGGGAGUUAGAAUUGUCAAGAGACGCACUUUGCAGCAGGUUCUUAACAUUAUUCCAAAAGAGUCGGAAGGAGAACUCUUUGAGGAUGCCCUGGCUCGUGUUCGUAGAUGUGUUGGUGGUGGGGCUGCAACAGAAAAUGCUGAUAGUGAUAGUGAUAUUGAAGUUGUUGCUGAUUUCAUUCCUGUCAAUCUUCGCUGUCCGAUGAGUGGUCUAAGAAUGAAGGUGGCUGGAAGAUUUAAGCCGUGUGCACACAUGGGCUGUUUUGAUCUUGACGUGUUUGUGGAAAUGAACCAACGCUCUAGGAAGUGGCAGUGUCCCAUUUGUCUGAAGAACUAUUCUUUGGAGAAGAUUAUCAUAGAUCCCUAUUUUAAUCGAAUCACAUCCAAGAUGCAAAAAUGUGGGGAAGAUGUGGCAGAGAUUGAGGUGAAGCCUGAUGGAUCCUGGCGUGCUAAGGUAGAGGGUGGGGAUCGAAGGGCCCUUGGGGAGCUUGGGCUAUGGCAUUCACCCGAUGGUACCAUCUGUGCACCCACAGAAGCUGAAUCCAAACCCAAACCGGAACUCAAACAGGUCAAACAAGAAGUGGGCUCCAAUAGCCACCCGGGUCUCAAAAUAGAAAUGCGAAAAAAUAAUAACGGCCGCUGGGUUAUCAACAAACCGGAUAACUUGCACGCUGUCUCCCCCACCAAUAGAUCCCAAAUAAAUUUCCAAAACAGCCCGAACGUAAUUCCCAUGAGCAGCAGUGCCACCGGCAGCGGUAGGGACUAUGAGGACGCCAGCGUGAACCAGGAUGCCGGUCCCGCCAUCCUCGACUUCUCUGUGGUCAAUGGGGCCGAGUAUGAAUCCAUUGCCAAUGGAUUCAACGACCGGGCCACACUUAUGCCAGCUGGUGGUGACGCUGAGGUCAUCGUCCUCAGUGACUCAGAUGAAGAAAUCGAGCUGCUGACAUCUUCUGGAGGUGCUGUAUGUAAGAUUGCCGGACCAGAUGUCAGUGGGCCCCAGCUCCCAAGCAUCCCCAAUCAAAUUCCCGAUCCUGACUACGGAAAUCGCACUCUCGGAAAUGGUGGCAAUUCUUGUCUCGGCCUUUUCAAUUCGAACGAGGACGAUUUCGGGAACAUGUGGUCGUUGCCUUGUGGAAGUCAGGGGUUCCAACUGUUUGGAUCUGAUGUGGGCGUUAAUGAUGCCUUGGUCGACAUGCAGCACCAAGGGCCUAUAAACUGCUCAUCGUCAAUGAGUGGUUACACUAUGACUCCCGAGACUGUUAUGGGAUCUUCUGCAGCGCUCCUCCCUGAGCCCACCAGUGGGCUCGGUCAACAUUCUAAGUCGAACGAUGGAUUGGUCGAUAAUCCGUUGGCAUUUGGGGCCAGUGACCCUGCUCUUCAGAUAUUUCUGCCAACGAAGCCGUCAAACGUGUCUGGCCCACAGUUGGAUUCGAGAGGCAAAGAUGUCCCGAACGGUGGGAGUGGUGGUGUUGGCACGGAGGAUUGGAUUUCUCUCAGGCUUGGGGAUGGUGUUGGGGGUCGUCAAGGCGAAUCUGGGUCUGGUAGUCGUGUGGGUGCCGGGCAGUCGGGUGAUGGUGGCUUGGGUACGUUAGCAGACAGUGCAUCAUUAUUGCUUGGAAUGAACGGCGACAGGUCUGACUCGGAGUAA